CUCGCACCGGAUAUGUCGUUGUUGCUGACCUUCCGCCCAAGUCAGUUUGUCAUGUAGCUGCAAGCUACAUUCUUCUAAAAGUAGUAGAAAAUGCACUUAUCUCCGCUGUAAAUGGUGUUGCCAAUGAGCAGGUAUUUGCCAAAGUGUAAGUUACAUAUGUCAUCAUUUUUCGGGAACAAUGGUGAAGUACUUUGCCUGCGUGGGUCAUCUGAAAAGUUCCUGGGACCAAGUCUGCAUCGCUUUCUGGGAGCGAUACCCCAACCCCUACAGUAACCAUGUCCUAACGGAGGACAUCAUCUUCAGGGAAGUAACUCCCGGUAACCGUCUGGUCUCUAGGCGACUGCUGACCAAAACUAACCGCGCCCCUCGCUGGAUGGAGAAGUACCUGCCGGUUACCAUGGCCAGGCACGCCUACAUCAUCGAGGAUUCCAUCGUGGACCCCCAGAACAGAACCAUGACAACGCUGACUUGGAACAUCAGCCACGCACGCAUGAUGUCUGUGGAGGAGCGUUGUGAGUACAGAAUUAACCCUGACAACACCAGCUGGACGGAGAUUAACAGAGAGGCCUGGAUCUCCUCUAACAUCUACGGGCUCUCCAGAGCUAUACAGGAAUUCGGCCUUGCCCGGUUCAAGACCAGUGUUGCAAAGACCAUGAAAGGGUUUGAAUACGUCCUGGCCAAAAUGCAAGGUGAUACCCCCUCCAGGACCCUGGCUGAGCAUGCUGCAGAGAGGGCCAGGGAGACGGCUCUGGUAGCUAAAGAGAAAGCCAAAGGCCUGGCCUCACAGGCUCACAAGAAACAACAGUAUGUCUGAGCUGCCAGUGUAGGGUGAAGUUUCCCCUAGAUGCUGAUAUGGUUAGGAUUGGGGCAGGCGAAGCUGAUCCUAGAAACUUAAACCCAGAAUGCGAGGUGCCAGUGGGAGGAAGUAGACAUGGGCCCCUGUCAGUCCUGCCUUGAUUCAAAGACUUUAUCUGGGAUGGAUUGAGCAUGCCUGGCUGGCACUAUUUGAAUCCAGGUCUGGUUGUCCCUACUCAGAUCUGGGAUCAGAUCUUAUUGAGGUAGGGGAAUCUGAUCCUAGAUCUGUGGUUAUGGAUGCAAAAUCCGUUAACUAAAAUUACCAGGUUUUCCAGAAAUUGAAAGAUUACCCUAAGGAGGAAAUCCGGAAUCCUCCAACCAGGAUUUCUGGAAAACCUGGUAGUUUUGUGAAUGUUUCUGUAAUUGUGUGACUCUAGGUGUAUAGCUCCGCAUUGACAUGAUUGGUUGACGGGAGGGUGAGAGGUCCUGUAUAAACAACCUAACUCCCUCGACUACUUCCUUCACAACAGCUCUGGGAAGCUCCAAAAAGUAUGUUUGCUCUGACUUCUGCAGAGGCUGCGUUACAGUAACACGCCGUACUGCCUGUGCUGCCGCGACACAGUAACGCGCUGUACUGCCUGUGCUGCCGCGACACAGUAACGCUCUGUGCUGCCGCGACACAGUAACGCUCUGUUCUACCGCGACACAGUAACGCUCUGUGCUGCCGCGACACAGUAACACGCUGUUCUACCGCGACACAGUAACGCUGUGCUGCCGCGACACAGUAACACGCUGUUCUACCGCGACACAGUAACGCUCUGUGCUGCCGCGACACAGUAACACGCUGUUCUACCGCGACACAGUAACGCUCUGUGCUGCCGCGACACAGUAACGCUCUGUGCUGCCGCGACACAGUAACGCGCUGUGCUGCCGCGACACAGUAACGCUCUGUUCUACCGCGACACAGUAACGCUCUGUGCUGCCGCGACACAGUAACACGCUGUUCUACCGCGACCCAGUAACACGCUGUUCUACCGCGACCCAGUAACACGCUGUUCUACCGCGACCCAGUAACACUCUGUUCUACCGCGACACAGUAACACGCUGUUCUACCGCGACCCAGUAACACGCUGUUCUACCGCGACACAGUAACACUCUGUUCUACCGCGACACAGUAACACUCUGUGCUGCCGCGACACAGUAACACGCUGUUCUACCGCGACACCGUAACACUCUGUACUGCCGCGACAGACAUCGGAUUGACCAUGCGACACCUUUUUUAGACUCCUGUCUACUAACACAAGUGUCUGGGCUGGGUCUCAAUAGUCCUCACUAGCUUCCUUUCCUUGUCUCCUUUCCUUCAGUACAGUACACUAACAGGGAGGUGAACGCGCCGGGCUAGUUUCCAUUCUACUCCCUCCGUCCAUCGUGGUCUUAUCAGUUGGUGUGUAGAUGCUUAUCUCAAUGAGACAAACCUGCAGCAGAAAGAGAUGAGGCUAAACGCUAUAGAAGUGGUUACUGUACCUGCAGAGAAUGUAAACUGAGUAACUGGGUUGAUCUUGUUGGGAGGCAUGUGGCAGCAUUGGGGACAGGACAGGCACGGCUGACGUUGGUGUUGGUCGGUCUUGUCCUUUUAUUGGUGGCUAGCUAGUACAAGAGACUGGUUCAUGUCUCCAGAAAUGACUGUGGGACUCGAGUUGUUUUUCGUGACCUACUGAAUACUGUCAUAGGGAGUUCCUCGUUGAUAGUGGGUCAGUUUUUAUCAUUUUCCCAAUAAUGGCUAAGGUUAGGAUUGGUUAGAGGGGAAGCUGAUCCUAGAUCUGUAGGCCUACCCACCAUUUCCCUCCAACUCAGUCCCAAAUGGCACCCUAUUCCCUAUAUAGUGUACUACUUUAGACCAGAGACUUAUGGACUCUUUUAACCCCUCGUGCACUUCUGUCUAUUCCAUUCCAUUUCUCCUGUCUGUCCUUGACCUUCAUAUAGUUUUGUUUCUCACACUGUAGAUGAGACUGACUGCGUAUCUUCAGUUACUUUAGAUUUUAGGCUUACGAUUUGUAAAUAUUUAAUAUUUUUCAAAAUCAUCUUUUGUUUUCUGUUAACUAGACUACUCAACAAAAAAAGCCAAUCUCAAAGUAAUCUCCCUGAAUCUUCGUUACAGGUUAAUUGAUUUCAGUUAUGGCACUACAUUGUUGUAAUGAAUGUAAUUCAUUGCUUCAAAUUGAAGUUGUUACCGGUGUGAUGAGGGGGGGGGGUCCAAGUUAUUUUGCAGUCGUUACUCGGAAGUGCUCAUCCUUGGCUAGAGGGAGAGCUGCUACUUGGCUCUCUCUUGGAAGUGCUCAUCCUUGGCUAGAGGGAGAGCUGCUACUUGGCUCUCUCUUGGAAGUGCUCAUCCUUGGCUAGAGGGAGAGCUGCUACUUGGCUCUCUCUUGGAAGUGCUCAUCCUUGGCUAGAGGGAGAGCUGCUACUUGGCUCUCACUUGGAAGUGCUCAUCCUUGGCUAGAGGGAGAGCUGCUACUUGGCUCUCUCUUGGAGCUGCUACUUGGCUCUCUCUUGGAAGUGCUCAUCCUUGGCUAGAGGGAGAGCUGCUACUUGGCUCUCACUUGGAAGUGCUCAUCCUUGGCUAGAGGGAGAGCUGCUACUUGGCUCUCUCUUGGAAGUGCUCAUCCUUGGCUAGAGGGAGAGCUGCUACUUGGCUCUCUCUUGGAAGUGCUCAUCCUUG